AUGAUUAACAUUUUAAAUUUACAAGAUCUUAUUACAGCUGAAAAGUUUAUCUAUAUUAAUAAUGAAAUACUAAUAGAACCAUUAACAGAUGAAAAAAUUAUAGCUGUGGUAGCUUCAAGUCCUGAAAAUAAUAAUAUAAAAGAAGCUAAUGAAUUGGAAAUAAAUAUUAUUAUCAAUAAAGAAGCUUUGAAUAGUUUAGAAAAGGUAAAGGAGUAUGAUGAUAACAAUGGUAACCGCUGUCAGCGCUUAGACAUUCUCAUUAAGGAUGAUCAGUGGAUGGAAGCUUUUAGCUUUGAGCUUAUUGUUAGAAUAAGUCGGAAGGUUUAUGACGAACACUGCGAACAUUCUAAAAAAUAUGCUCAACUUUAUCAAUGCUCCAUGCUCAUAGUGAACAUUUGUACCAAUAAAAAGCUUAUUAAUUACUUUGGGUCAGAUUAUGAAAAUGUAACUACUGUACAUGUAGUCUAUGAUGAAAGUAAAGGAUGUGCAGAAUUGGUAUAUAAGGAUGGAAAA